GACACUCCCUUUUCUUCUUUUGUCCGGUUGGAGAAAUGCCUCCCUCUCCCUGGCGCGGGAGCCUCCAAGAAGCCCAGGAGAAGGUGUCCGGUGUGGCUGCCCCCGUAUUCCAAUAAGCAUGAAGCUCCUGGCUCUGGUGGCCUUGGUAGGGUAUUUGCUCGUGCCCACAGCAGAAGCCAACAAGAGCUCUGAAGACAUCCGGUGCAAAUGCAUCUGCCCCCCUUACCGCAACAUCAGCGGCCACAUCUACAACCAGAAUGUGUCGCAGAAGGACUGCAACUGCCUACAUGUGGUAGAGCCUAUGCCAGUGCCCGGCCAUGAUGUGGAGGCCUAUUGCCUGCUGUGUGAGUGCCGCUAUGAAGAGCGCAGCACCACCACCAUCAAGGUCAUCAUUGUCAUCUACCUGUCAGUGGUAGGCGCCCUCCUGCUCUACAUGGCCUUCCUCAUGCUGGUCGACCCACUGAUCCGGAAGCCUGAUGCCUACACGGAGCAGCUGCACAAUGAGGAGGAGAACGAGGAUGCUCGCAUGGCCGCUGCCGCCGCAGCCAUCGGAGGCCCCCGAGCCAACACAGUGCUGGAGCGUGUGGAGGGAGCGCAGCAGCGUUGGAAGCUGCAGGUGCAGGAGCAGCGGAAGACGGUCUUUGAUCGACACAAGAUGCUCAGCUAGAGUGUUGGCACAGAGCUGGCGUGGUGGGGCUCAGGGAGCCAGCGCUGUUCCCUCCUGUGAGCCUUUCAACCCCUGACAUCCACCAAGUGCCCCUUCUCCCUCUCUAGAAAAGCCAUGCUCAGGACUGAGUGCUGGGACCCCAAUCCCCAACAGUUCAGUCCACUCUGGGGUGAGGGUGGAAGUGUUCUCAACUCUGCAACCUCCUAGCUCCACAUCCUGGAGCACUUGGCAGCUUCUGGCUGAGACAAGUUGGAUCCUGGAUCCCUGGGAGUUCAGGGUUUAGACAGGGGCCCAGUCCUCUCACCUCCCCCAGCCCUGAGACCUCAACUCCGGCAGGGCAGACUCCAGCCCCCUCCCCUGCAGUAUUCUAGCCACCCCCAGAUACUCAUCCAAAUUUCCUGCAGCCCUUCCGGUCAUGUAUGGCAGUGACCAUGCAACCUUACCCCACUUUUGGCAGUGCCCCCCUUCCCUGUGUCUGCAGUUUCUGAGCCAGACAUUUGGCAGGACCCCAUGACCAAGAGGCUGAGCAGGGCACGGGUGUUCCUGCUCCUGCCCUCACCUACUGAGCCCCAUCCUCCGAUGUCCCUGCAUGGAGCGAAGCGAAUCGUUCUGGGUCUGAGAACUGGUUUGCAUUAUUAAACUGAGUCCCUUCUUCCCU